AUGUCGAUGUACACACCAUGUCUCCCCCAGGAGAUGUGGGACUACAUCAUCGACCUCGUUCCGGAGUCCCUCGACAACAGGUCAAGUCAAGUCACGCUCCUCGCCCUUUGUCUCACCUGCAGGGCGUUCAAGACCCGCAGCCAGCAGAAUCUCUAUCGAGCCCCCUGUGUCUUCACCCCUGCCGUUUGCGCCUGGCUCGGAGGAACCUUCGGCACCUUUCCGACACUUUCUAGGUGUCUUACGAACCUGGCCAUUGAUGGGCGCCGAUGGCCGACAAGCACCGUCGAUGAUAUAUUCGGCAAAAUCUCUCUCAACUUGCCUCAUGUUAUGAAGACCUGCCGGAAUAUCCAACGACUCACGAUCCACAACUUCUCCAUCAAACAAAGCUGUGGCUAUGAUCUCUUCCCCUACCCAAUAGAUUGUGAACCGUGCCCAUCGCUUCAAGAGCUCAUAGUCCAGAACUGUGACUUUGGGGACUACUAUGACCUCGUGGCCUUGUUCUGUGCGGCGCCCUCGCUCCAUUCUUUGACCAUGACAGAUGUGCGUGUAGCCACAUGCAGCAGAUUCGCGCCCAUGAAGCUUAACGGCGCGGAGAUGGGCAUCUACGACGUUUAUCUAUCCGACAGCAUCACUUCAUUCAUAUACCACAACCCCUCGCCCUCAAAUCACCCUUGCCUCGACCGACAUAUAAUCCUUUCGAGCGCUCCUUGUGCGCACCGCCUCACGGCCUCUGUGAUUUCUGUCGAAGACCGUCAAUUCCUUGAGGACCUCGCAUAUUUCGGAUAUACUGAGGAUAUCACUCUCUCAGUGAGCCGCAGGCUCCAGGGCUAUUCCCUGCGCGCCGCCUACGGUCUGUCUUCUUCAGACAAUUUCAAGUCACCUCUUCGUAUAGGAUCGCUACUAUCGCUCGCCUUGAAAGAGCUCCCGUUCGAUGUUCCAUUCCAAGGUCCUUUAGGAGCGAAGUGCGCGAGUGAAGUCAUCCUUCAUCUCAGCUCUCGAGUGCUGCGAAGCAUCACGCUGUGCGUCCCCGACGAACCGGGUACUAACACCGGAGAUCUUUGGCCCGGGUUCAACUGGACUGCGGUGGACAGGGUGCUGGCUUCCAAACACUUUCCGGAGCUGAUGGAAGUUGUGGUACGCCGGGGAAGCAACAUCGUGACCCUCAGCGUGGUUCGUUCCGGCAUCAGGAAGGACGACGAAGAAUUGGUGACAGAAGUCCAACGACGGUUGCCCAAGUUAUCUCAGAGGUUUGGGCAAUGA